CCCAGGGCUGGAUUAUAAGCAUGAUCCACCAAGCCUGGCUCUUCCAGAUCUUAUUAUGCAGCCAAGUGCUGUUUAACAGAGAAAGAACACGAACCACAAAUAUGACAUGCAUACAGUUUUGAGUUUUCUAACAAUUACACUAAAUAUGCUGAAUUCAUUCCAGUAUGUCCAAAUUACUAACAAUAUGUAACAGAAAAUUAUGUAAGCUACUUCAUUCCUUUUCUUGUCUAGCUUUUUAAAAUCAGCUGUGUAUUUUGCUUAUGCCUAUAUCAUACUCAAAUCUGGAGAAAGUGCCCUUCACACACAGAAGCCACAGGUGAUUAAAGUGGACCAACACAGACCAUGUUGGACAGCAUAGGUCUAUACUUCCAAAGCCUUCCAGAUUGGUUCAAGUGGAUCUAGUGGUGGUACGGGAAGUGGAUCGGAUGUAAUCUUGGAGAAUCAACUUGCCCUGUGUGACGGCUACUGACUUAGGUCAGCUAUGUCUGAUGUGCUGCUUGGUUUGGGAGCUAUGGACUCUGGGAGCCAUGGACUCAGGGUUUAGCAGGCUGUUUUCACCUCCCCAGAUAUUGUCUAAUUAUACGGGUACAAUGGCAGAUCUUGGUUCAUAUCCUUUGUGAGACCAAUGACAAUGGAACUUUGCAACUUAUGGGUUGCAGUUUUAUGAGUCUGGUUUGUGGCUUGUGGAAAGAAGGCAUCACCUGGGGAAAAGGAUGCUCCCAGAACCAAAAGGCCAAGCAAGGAGGUGCCUCUUGGGGGGCAGAGGUUCCGCUUAGAUGGUUCCCGAAGCCACAGGCUCCUCUUGUACCUUAGGAUGGGGACCUUUUUUUUUUUUCAAUUUGGACAGGAUCUUUCUCUGUAGGCCAGGCGGGCCUUGAACUCAUGGCCACCCUCACGCCAAGGUUACAGACGUGAGCCACCAAGCUUGGUUCCUCGUUAGAGUCUCGAAGACAUGUGCUUCAACCAGAUGUUCCUGGUGCUCCAGAAGAUGGGGAUGUCAGCGCUCAAGUUGGGGUUCGCACCCCGAAAUGCAGGCGCGAGGGGCGGGUCCCGGCUUCGGCCCGCGCCGCCCCAUGUGACCCGGUCCGACAUGGUGUCGCCUCCUCUCGAGGAGGCGGCGGCGGCGGCGGCGGCGGCGUCUUCGGCUCGGCUGCGUGUCGAGCCGGCCCCGCGGCCGCUCAUGGGCAGCCAGGGCCGCUCGGGUGCCCCCGGGAACCGCGGGCCCAGGGAAGGCGAGGGCGGGGAGGCGAGGGAACCGCAGGAGGCGAGGGUCGCGCGGGGAAAGCGAGGGAAGGGGAAGGGGAAAGCGGGCACCGGGCACGGCGGAAGAGGAAGCGGGGCGGAAGGGAAGCCGGGCCUGCAGCGGGCGAGGACGGCAGCGGGGCCGGAGGCUGCGGCGGGGCCGGGGCGGGAAGCCGAGGAAGGCGGAGGCGUGGAGGAAGGGCCGGGAAGCCCGGGGAAGCGGGAUGAGGGGAGCGCAGGGCCCGGGAAGGAGGAGGAGGAGGAGGAACGGAGGGUCGGGCCCGGGCGGCGGGAGGACGGCAGCCUGGAGAGAGCACGGGAGCGUGGGUGUCGGGCGUGGGGCGGCAUCCCGGGGCCCCGGACGGCCAUGGCGGCGGCCGCCGAGGAGGCGGCGGCGGCGGCUGCGGAGCCGGCCGCACGUCCGGCCGCGGGGCCCGCGCUCUGGCGCCUGCCGGAGGAGCUGCUGCUGCUCAUCUGCUCCUACCUCGACAUGCCGGCCCUCGGGCGCCUGGCCCAGGUGUGCCGCUGGCUGCGGCGCUUCACCAGCUGCGACCUGCUCUGGCGCCGGAUAGCCCGGGCCUCGCUCAACUCCGGCUUCACGCGGCUCGGCACCGACCUGAUGACCAGCAUUCCAGUAAAGGACCGAGUGAAGGUGUCUCAGAACUGGAGACUGGGGCGCUGCCGAGAGGGGAUUCUGCUGAAGUGGAGAUGUAGGCAAAUGCCUUGGAUGCAGCUGGAGGAUGCUUCUCUGUACAUAUCUCAGGCUAAUUUCAUCCUGGCCUACCAGUUCCGCCCAGAUGGUGCCAGCUUGCACCGUCGACCCUUCAGAGUCUUCGCUGGGCACGAUGAGGAUGUUUGUCAUUUUGUGCUGGCAAACUCCCAUAUCAUCAGUGCGGGAGGAGAUGGGAAGAUUGGUGUUCAUAAGCUCCAUAGCACCUUCACUGUCAAAUACUCAGCUCAUGAGCAGGAGGUGAACUGUGUGGACUGCAAAGGGGGCAUCAUUGUGAGUGGCUCCAGAGACAGGACGGCCAAGGUAUGGCCUUUGGCCUCGGGCCGCCUGGGGCAGUGCUCACACACCAUCCAGACUGAAGACCGAGUCUGGUCCAUUGCUAUCAGCCCAUUACUCAGCUCUUUUGUGACAGGAACAGCUUGUUGUGGGCACUUCUCACCUCUGAGAAUCUGGGACCUCAACAGUAGGGUACAAGGUAGUUUGGUUUUCUCUACAUCUUGACCGGUGUUUUGAUAUCGCCACUGUUUUUAUUUUGCUGUUCUAGUAAGUAUGACACUAUGAUUUUAACUUGGUUUUCUCUGAUAGCUAAUGAUGUUGAACAUGUGUUCAUAUGCUCAUUCUGCCAUCUGUAUAUCGUGUUUACAGAAUGCUAGCUCAUGUCCAUGGUCCAUUACAUUGCUUUUCUACUGUUGACCUUUGAGCUUUAUAUAGUCUAGACAUUAGUCCUUUGUCAAAUAUUACAAAUAUUGUCAAAUUGACAAAUAUCUUCUCCUUAUCUGGACCUUGUCUUUUUGUCCUUUUUUUUUUUUUAAUAUUUAUUAUGUAUACAGUGUUCUGUCGGUGUGUAUCCCUGCAGGCCAGAAGGGAGCACCAGAUCUCAUUAUAGAUGGUUGUGAGCCACCAUGUGGAUGCUGGGAAUUGAACUCAGGACCUCUGGAAGAACAGUCAGUGCUCUUAACCUUUGAGCCAUCUCUCCAGCCCGUCUUUUUGUCCUUUUAAUUUAAUGUCUUCUGCAGAACAAAUUUAUGUGUACAUGUUUUGUCUACAUGUGUUUGUCUGUGCACCAGGUGUGCACUUGGUGCCUCCAGAGGCCACAAGAGGGUGUCGGGUCCCCUGGAACUGGAGUUACAGACAGUUGUGAGCUGCUGUGUGGCUGCUGGGAACAGAAUCUGCGUUCUUUGGAAGAGCAGCCAAUCUUCUUAAUAAUUGAACUCUCUCUCCAGCCCUCAAACUUAAAAUUUGAUCCAGUAAAUGACUGAUUUUUCCUGUCUCAGCUGUGUCACAUCUGAGAUUCUUCAGCUAGCCUAGAUGGCCAGAGGGAGGCUGAUGCUUGGCAGUCUCUUCCCUCGGUUGCUCCAGCUCUGUCUCUCCCCCUCCCUAGGGAGGAAGGGAGAAGCCACAUGCCUCCUUUCUGGAGCAUAUGCCCCACAGCUAGUCUCUCCAGGGGAUUUCUCAACACAAGAUGCUUAACUGGACAUAUUUUCUUCUACAUUCUGAUGACCAUCUGAGCACAGGUAUAGGAUGCUCAGAAUCUCUCCAAUCUACGUUUCCUUUCUGGCUAGCUUUGAGGAACUAAAAUGGUGGCCUGGGAAAAAGAAGGCCCUCGAGGUCAUAUUGGUGCUGGCAGAGAGAAAGGCAGGUGUUUCAGAAUUGGGGUUUGGUUAACAGGAGAGAACAUGAGCAGUGGGUCAGUGGUGCCUACAGAGUUGGCCUCACACUGGUUGCAGGACCAUUUUUACCUUCAACUUUCUGAGUCAGUCCCUCUGAGCACUCACCAGUCCAAGUGUGGUCUCAAGUGAGAUGGGUCUCACCUUCCUACUCUAGAUCUACUUUUGUGGGGCUGGAGAGAUGGCUCAGUAGUUAAGAGCACUGGCUGCUUUUCCAAAGGAUCUGGGUUCAAUUCCCAGUACCCACAUGGUGGCUCCCAACCAUCUGUUAUUCCAGUUCCAGGGGAUCUGACCCCCUCUUCCGGCUUCUGAAGACAUCAGCUAUGCAUGUGGUGCGCAGACAUAAAUGCAGGUAAAACACCACACAUAAAAAUCUGUUUACUUUGGUUAAUGCAGUUGGUGGUUACAUCACCCACUGCCAACUUUUUGUUGUUGUUGGUUUUUCCAGACAGGGUUUCUCUCUGUAGUUUUGGUGCCUUUCCUGGAUCUUGCUCUGUAGACCAGGCUGGCCUUGAACUCACAGAGGCCCACCUGGCUCUGCUUCCCGAGUGCUGGGAUUAAAGGCGUGUGCCACCACUGCCUGGCUGGCCACCCAUUGCCAGCUUAGCUAAAACUUUUAGGGCUCCUGUGGUCUCAUGGCCUGAGGCUGUUGGCAUCUUGCAUGUUGUAGAAUUUGUUCUCAUGAAUUUAUUCUGUAGACUGACCCCAGUCCUUCCCCUUUGAGAUUAAGGGUGAGGCAGGAGGAGCCCUCUCUCAUGGGGCUAUGUGCUGGAAACAGCAGGAGCUGAGGGCGGCCUGGCUGUGUGGCCUGACAGGCUCCUACUCCAGAACCAGCUUCAUCUUGGGCCUCUCUAUACUUUGCUUUCCACAUUGGGGACUGAAAAAUGCGAACCCAUUGUUCCCAACUACCAGAAGUAGUUAUGAUUAAAUAACUGUGAAAAAUGCCCCCGCUGCCGACCCCUGCAUCCUUUGCCGUCUCCCACAGUACCGAACAGUUUGUGGAGACCUGACCUCUCAAGCCCCAGGAAACCCGUGGCCACCACCAGUAGUGAGAGAGGAAUCUGCCGGCCUCACAGCGCAGAAGGGUUUUGCCAGUGCGGCUCCGGUCCAGGGAUGAGCAUUUGUGCCAGCAGUUUGUUUCAGUUAGUUAUACAGUUGGGGCUCAUGUACCAUCCCCUCGGCCCAGCACAGGGAGGGUGGGCUGGCUACACCACCAUGGCUUAGCAGAAUCUCAAAGGUUAGAUGAUCUGUGGGCAUGGUGUUGCAUGUCUUUUAAUCCCUGCAUUUGGGAGGUUGAGGCCGGUAGAUCUCUGAGUUUGAAGCCAGCCUGGUUUAUAUUGUAAGUUCCAGGACAGCCAGGGCUACAUAGAGAGUCCCUGUCUCAACAAAACAAACAAACAAACAAACAAAGGUUAGAUAAUCUUUGAGCUGCCUAUGGUUGCCAUGGAGGGGACUUAGGAUCCUGCAGGAUGAGUUCCAAAGGACUGACCCUUUGAAUGUCAUGCUAUGAAAUCCCUAGACCUUGUCAACCCCAAACACUAACCCUUUUCUGAACUCAAAAUGAACCCAAAUAAGAAUGGGCACAAGACAACUAAGGCCUUGGGUUGUACUGGAACCAAAUGAGUUAUUGUCACUGUGUUCUCUGGCCAGCUUCUGGGCUCUGCAUGUGACAGGGCCACCCUAGGUAUCAUCUGCCAUUGCCCUCUCUAGCCUCAUCACUCAGGGAAAGAACCAGACCUCGUGCAAACAUCUGUCCUGUAUCCAGGACUGUGCACAGCUUGGAGAACUGAGCAGGGCCGGGGGUGAGGAGGUUCCCUGGUGGGAGGAAAUGGAUGGUCAGGACAACUCUGGAACUGUCUUUCCUAAAGAAGCCCAAGCAGAUAAUAAAGCCAUGUAGAAAACAGGAUUAAGGUAAUGAACAGGCAGGACCAAGUUUGAUCUUUCAAUAACACCAAAGCCUGACUGACAGGCAAUCUGCAAGGUAGAGUGGUAUUGCCGGCAGGACGCUGGCUGGGCGGAAUGCGGGACUGGCUGGAUGCUUUGCUUUUAACCUGUCAUUGCCGAAACCUGAGCAUGGCGUGGAUUUUCUUUUAUGUGUGUGCUGACUUGGCGGGGGUGGGGAUGGGGGCUCUCAGCAUUUGGGCUACCCUUAGGUGAUGGUGGGGGCUGGGACAUCCACCAGGUGCAGCUGUCCCACUGGGCAUAGGCUCUGCCAUCUUUAGAGCUAUUGCCACAUUCAUCUCUCAGGUACCCAUCCAAAGCAGCCCAUACUGAGCCGAGCUUAGAUUGCCCGGAGAGCCCUUUCAGGGUACUCAGGGGCUAAGCAGGGAAGAGGGGUGAGGAAGGGCUGGCUGGAGCUUGCCUGUCCUAUGUCCUUUUCGCUUGCAGCCUUUUUCUCUGGUGGAGCAGCACUGUAAGUUAAGCCCGAGGAGAGGGGACUCCCAGUGAGGAAGCUGCAAGGUGCCUAGGACCCAGUUUCUGACAGUUGAUGGUCUUCAGACCCUGUGUUCCAUUCUCAAGUGCCAACAACUCCUAGUGACAGCCAAGCCCUGAAGUAGUCUUGUCAGGUUCUGAGGAACUGUGACAAAGCCCUCCUAGUCCUUAGCUUGAAGCCUGGAGGAAUCAAAGUGUACUCCGUGUCUUCUGUCUGCAUUUCAACAAGGCACUUGGCUAGUCCCUAGGGGUACCAGACGUUGACUGUGUGGCAAACACCUCCCAGCUUCUGGAAGGCCUAGCAGAUCUGAAUGCUCUGACAUCACCGCCACCACCAUGAGCCUGCUGUUGCUAUGGGAUUGGCAUUUUCUACCAAGGGGCAUUUGAGCUGGCUGGAUCUAGCAUUGGCCACUAAGAGAAGAGCGCUUUGGGUCCCCUAUGACUGGGGACAGGUAAGCUACAGGGUGGAGAAGCCUGUAACUCCAGACCUGAAGCUUGUCACAGGGGGUCCAACCAUUGGCCCUAAGCCAUCCUGGGAACUGUGCAGUAGGGAAGCAGGUGAUGUCACUGUUCCUAAGGCAUUAAGCCCUCUGGGUACUGCCACCUUGCAGGUAUGUGGUCACAUGGCCCUGUACAAAAAUCCUUCUCUCUCUGUCCCUAAGGCCAGGGUCAUCCCUGUUCUCUGUUAUGCUUUCAUUUCUGUCUUGAAGCUGCUGAAUCUCUUCUUAGCCAGGGAAAGGGCAGAAUGGGUUUCCCACGUAUGUAGGCUUUGCUCAGGGCAACCCCAUGCCUGGAGCCAAUCUCUGCCUCAGGAGACUUCUGUGUCAGCACUAGAAGUGCCCCUCACAAAGCUGCCUCUUCCAUUGAGUACUGAGUAAGCAGACUUGUAAGGGCUACCUGUAAUAAGCCCCAGGUAUGCUGGGAAUGUAACUUUGCCUUGCGCCGAGCACAGGAUAUGGAUAUAUGGCAUUUGCUAACCACCGAAUGGCAGGGCACAUGGAUGGAGAUGGAAACAGUGGUCAUCACAGGCUGCUGUGCUGAGGACAUCGUCCGUGCCCCAUUCCACUCAGAUGUGGCUGUCUCCCCUGGCCUUCCUCUCCCCCGCCCCGUGCAGGGCCUGGCCUUCAGUCAGGGUGAUUAUGGGGACUGCCCCUCUUGAAAGUACCUGCCUUCUCCUUUGAAAGUAUUACUGACAGCUUUUUCCUUCUCUUUUUUCUUUCCUUCUUUAAGGAACCCUGUAAUUUCUUAUUCUUUCUCCCCCUUUGCUUUUGCUUUCUUGUCCUGUCCUCCUGAACUCUUUGAAAUCGGCUCUCUGCCUGCUGACACCAAACUGAUACUUUGCGUUUCACUUCUCCUUAUCCCUUUAUGGCAACAGAUGUUGAAAUUUUGUAUCCUUUUAUCUGCCCGGCUGCCCUUUCCUGUAAUUACGUCGCCUUGUUAGCAGUACAAAGUGGGCUGCCCGGCUGCCUGGCCUUUGAGCCAUUGUGUCUGAACACGUGUGCUGUGGUGGGUGCUGGAGGGGAGGCAUGCUCACACACAUACAUGUGACAGACACUGUGUGCCGCCUCCUCCUCCUGACGUAGCAGGGACGAUAUAUUUCAACAUCAUCCCCACAUCUGCACUGUUAGGUUUGAAAUCUGGGCCAGGUGGCUCAGUGGGCAAAGGUACUGUCACUGAUCCUGAUGACUUGAGCUUGAUCCCCAGAACCUGUACGGGAGGAGAGAACGGAUUCCUUUAAAUUGCUCCUUGACUUCCAUAAGCACAACCUUGCCAAGAAAUGCUUAAAAAAAAUAUUUUUUUUUGGAGGGGGGGUUGUUCCCUUGAUUCUCUUAUUAGAGGACCAGCCCCUUAGGCACCUGAGAGGUAGACAGGCCUGCAGAGUACAAGUGAGGACCUGAAGGUGGACCUUGUAUCUGCUAGGGCAGGGCCGGGGCUUGCAACCAACUUGACCCUCCCAUUCCCACAGGGGCAAGUCACAGGUCUCCUGACAUGUGGCAGGGCCCACUUACCCACACAUGACAGUGAGAGACCAAGACACAGAACUGGCGCUCCGCUGUUAAGGGAAAAGUGGUAGACUUGGAGGCCUAAAAGAACACGGAGUUAAGCUGGGCAUGGUGGUGCACACUUUAAUCCCAGCACUCAGGAGGCAGAGGCAGGAGGAUCUCUGAGUUCAAGGACAGCCUGGUCUACAGAGCGAGUUCCAGGAUAGCCAGGGCUCCACAGAGAAACUCUGUCUCAAAAAACCAAAGGGGUCGGGGAGAGGCCUAUUAUAAGGACCACAUGACAGUAGGUGUGAAGUACUCAGUGUAGGCCUUCCAGACACAGGGACUCAACUAUGUGAGCUUCUACGGAGGUAGCAGCUACUCCUUCACCAUGAGACCUCUACAGCCAUUUCCAUUAGGUUACCACCAGGCUGGCUUUGCAGCUCAGCCUGGAUCCUGGGUUCUGUCUUCUUGGUAUGUGACUUGAAGGUAUUUCCUCUGUAGCUUUGGCUUCUUUAUUCCCAAUCAGAGGCUAAUCUGAGACUUCUACUCUGCCCCAAAGCCUCACAGUGCUUCAUGACAUUAGGGAUGUGUGUACAUCCACAGGUUUCAGAGGGCUGGAUGCCGGAGACUGCCAUGUGUUCCCUCACAUUGCCAAGCCUCUAGCCAAAUCAGAUGGCCAGCCUCAUCACCUUGUCAUUGCUAUCCAUCACAAUCCCAUCACUACCUAAAGAAUCACUCAUUCUCCUUCCUGAAAAAUGUCUAUUUACCUUAUAGAACGUUCUCUUUUCUCUGUAUUGUUAGCUGAGUAUAAAUUUAGACUUCUCUCCCUCACUGGACAGUGGCUCCUCCAUAGUGCAGCUCACAUCUCCCUGUGGUUUCUGUUAAAGCACAAUACCUGGCCUGUAGAAGGUGCUUGGUUAAUGGUUAAGGGAGGAGAGAAGAGGGGAGGUGACUGUUCUUUAGUGCCCCUGGGUCUGAUUUAACUUACAGGCCAUUUGCCCUGGGAGAGAAGAGAUAAACUGCUUGUCAUACUUCAGUCUUUCAAAACUACUGUUAAGGUUGAGAGUAGCACAUGCCAGAUGAGGUGGCUUGACACUUAGGGGGAUGAGGAUGUACGUGUAUGGGGACUCCAGGGAGUCCCAUCAGCACCAGAAUGUUAAAAGUAGCUGAAAGAUGGUGUGAGAGUCACAGCGUGCGUCACUGUGGGCUGGAAGCCUCAGAAUACUCUAGUACAAGAGGCUUGUGGUAAGUAUGUGGGCCAGAGUUGUAAGGUCUGGGCUGAGAAUGAAGUAGAGCAUAGUGUUUAGACUGUAAGGUUCAGGCUGGAGGGGCAGGGGAAUGCCUGUCAGCUGGACCAUUGCGGCUGAUGGCAGUGCAUUAUCUCACUUUGCUUCCUCCUUCUGCUCAGCAGGUGAGCCAGGCCCAGGACACCUGAUUUCUCUUUUGAGACUCCUCAGGGAUACGGUCCCACGCAGCUUGCUUCUUCCUGCACAGUACUAGAGGCUGUGCCACGGGAACAGGCCCCUUCAGCAAUCCUCCUCAGCCUGUCUCAUUCCUCGGGCUCGCCCUGCAGGCUGCCCCAUCUCUAUCAUUCCUGGGUGGAGAGAGUUAUUGGAGUCAGGCUCAGGAGGCUAGGGUGUGGAGGUCUCCAGCCCUCAGCAGCUCCUGGAGGCCUACGCUUUGUCUGUAAGAGUUGGAAGGGAAGGGACUUUUUGUCUGGCUCUCUAUAGUGACAAGCCCAGUUCUUGCUCCUGUCUUGGCCCUGGGGCUCUGAGCAGCAGCCCUGUUCCCACACAAGUUGUGGGACAGCCAAGUCUCUACACAUGCCACCCCCCUUUACCCCCUACAGUGAGAGGCCGAGAAGCAUUCUUAACAUUCUUUCUAGAGAAAAGGGGUGAAAUGUCUGAAUUUGGGGGUCACCACGUUAUACAAAUUGCAAUCUAAUCGUUUUUACAAGAACACGCUUGCAGUGAGAAAAGCAGCACAGGGGGUGAGCAGACAGACAGACAGACAGACUGUUGAGGGCCAUUGUUGGGCCAGUCUCCCUCCAUCACAACAGUUAAGCUAGUUUGCUACUUAAAUUGGGCCUGGGGUGGGAACCUGAAGGGCCCGUGGUGCCAUUUCUGUUUGUUUUCCCAAAUCAAAGCCCCAGCAGGGCUCCCGUGGCACUGCUGGGCUACUGUUAGGAGAGACAGGCGUUUCCCAGAGCCUGCUCUGUCAGUUGAUGCUCUGAACUUAACCUUGCGGUGCUAUACAACAGAGCUUGGAGGCCUCAAGGCCAAAGAAACUGUAUCUUUGUAGUGGUGGUUUAAAGUGUGUGUGGCCCCUUGAGAGUCCCAGACAAAGGAAAGCAGAGACUUCCCAGGCUGGGACAAGCAGAUGAAGGACUGGGCCUUUGGGUCUCCCCAGACCCCUUAGGCUGUGCUGUAUUGGUGGCUACUUGGGCAGUGGACAGGAUCCAGAUUGGUGGCUCAAUCUGGAUGUGCCCCCUCUCACUUCUGACCCGCCAGCGGUGGGUACCCAGCUCUGAUUCUCUCCGAAUCCCAGCAACACGGUGGACAGGCAGAUGGGGCUCCACUGGGCUCCACCCCUACACCCGGUCUUUCAUCUUCUG